AAAAAAUACCGCAUUUACUGAAUUAGUAAAUUCCAUAAAAAAAAAAGAUUGUGUAAAAAUUGGUCUAGAAUGUUGCAAAUUUUACUGUUGUUUUUGCUCGCGAGCAGUGUAUGCGGCGCAGCGCAGCGCAAAGUGGAUCAUAGCAAAGUGCUGUACGAGGACAACGAUAGUAGCAAGGAGAGCGAUGACGAUUACUACAACGAUAGCGAUAACGAUAACAAUGACAAUAGCCAACGCGAUUCUCUUAGCAUCGAUAUCGAUAUCGAUUAUGCCCGACAAAGGCUAAUACCCAGCUAUUCAUCAUAUCGAUCAGUCUCCGCAUCCUCGACCACGCCCCCUAUCGCCCACUUGCGACGCGUGCCGCGCCACCCAUGGGUGUCGCCUCGUUUGGGCAACGAUAAUCGUCUGGAUGCCAGCGCCGCCUUUGAUGAGGAGGGCUAUCAAUCAGAUCAGGCGCCUGGCUCGAUGACCGCCCAGAAGCUGCAGGAGGUGGGCACCCCAGAGGCAGUGCAACUGAGUCGUCGGCGCUAUCAGGAUCAGAUCAGAAUCAGAACAAACGAAUUGAACAACCUGGCUCGCUUGCACGAGAAGAGCAUGGAGAACGAGCCGCUCUGCAAGCGGCCGCAGGCGCGAGUGAUUCGCAUGAUGAGCGAAACAUCGACGGUCUAUUCGCCACGGGCCACUGUGCUCCAUCGGUGUGACGAGAACAGCAGCUGCUGCUCGAGCAACGAGGUGUGGGCCGUCAAGAAUCAGACGACCGUCGACAAGGUGUUCUUUAUGCGCUCGAUCCACAGCCGGCACAGCAAGGCGACAAUUGUCCCGAUGACCAACCACACCGAGUGCCAUUGCAUCAAUCGGCCAGCGCAGAGGCGCAAGCGUAGCUCCCAAUGCGAGUGCCCCAAGCACUUUAUAAACUUUGCCAUAACACCAAGUGGCGCCAGCAGCAGCAGCAGCAGCCCUAGCACAACGAGUCGCUGCCGCUGCGAUUGCCACCUGAGCAACAUCACGUGCCAGCGCAUGAAGAACGGCGACGAGGGAUUCGCCGUCUCAGAGCUCAAAUGCAUUCGCAGCAACGAGUGCAGCCCGCCCAUCUGCAGCUAUGGCGUCUUCAACCUAAACAUCGGCCGAUGUCCGCGCUCAACGCAAUCGCAGCCACGUCAACUGGGCUUUGGCUAAGCUCCGCUGCGAUACAUUCAGUAAUUCAGAACUGUGCAUACAUUUAACUAUUAACAGCUCCAUACAUAAACACAUACAUACAUAC